GGUCUUGGGCUGCUGUGAGGCUUGGGUCAGGCCAGCUUGGGGCCAGUGCGCAUCCCAGUAGGGUGCCCGGGCCAUGGGGCGGCGCUGGGGCCUAGCCUUGGCGGCGGGCGAGCGGGCGGGCUGCGUGGUGAGCGCUCGCGGCGCAGAGCGCCCCGGAGCCGAGGCCGAGGGUCCGUGGAGCUGCAGCGGGGUGCUGCUGAGCCGGAGCGCGGGGCUCGUGCUGUGCCACGGGGGCAUCGUGGCACCCUUCCUGCGCGCCGGUGCCGGGGUGCUACAGCCGGGGGCCGGGCCGUCCUUCCUGGGCGCAGAGAGCUGUCGGGACGACUUGCGGCUGCACGUGCAGUGGGGGCCGGGCCGCGGGUUGGGGGCGCGGCCCGGGCCGCGAGGUGCACUUUGUACGCCACCCUGUAGCGCCCAGCCAGCGCCCCGCGCCCCGGCCCGCGCCCGCCUGCUACUGCUCGUCUGCUGCCCGGCCUUUCGCGCCGGCUUCGCGCGUCUCUUCGGCGGCGACACGGCCGAACAGUGGCGCUUCGCGGGCAGCGGCCCCGAGCCCCCAGCUCCCCCGCAGGAGUCCGAGGACCAGGCGGGCGCGUGGGCGGAUGAGGGGCCGCUGCUGGCGGCGCUCGGUUGGUUCGCGCUGUUGUGCAUCGAGGGCAGCGCGGAGGCGGCGGCCGGCCCGCGGCUGUCGGUGGCCCCUGCUGCCUCCCUGCCCAAGGGCGCCCCGCUGCUUGCCUGCGGCUCCCCAUUCGGUGCCUUCUGCCCGGACAUCUUCCUCAACAGUCUGAGCCGCGGCGUGCUCAGCAACGCGGCCGGCCCGCUGCUGCUCACGGACGCGCGCUGCCUGCCCGGCACCGAGGGGGCCGGCGUCUUCUCGGCCCACGGCGCCCUCGUGGCGCUCGUGGCGGCGCCGCUCUGCUGGCGGGCCCGCGAGUGGGUGGGCCUGAGCCUGCUCUGCGCCGCCGACGCGCUCCUCCACGCCGCUACCCACGCGCUAGGCCGCCUGGGCAGCCCCGCCGAAGCCCGCCUGCUGGCCUCGCUCCUGCCCCCCGAGGACCCUCCGAGUCCCCCGCUCCUCCCGGAGCUAGGGGCUGCGUGGACCGCUGCCGUUCUGGUCGAGUGUGGGUCCGUGUGGGGCUCCGGAGUGGCGUUGGCCCCGCGCCUGGUGCUCACCUGCCGCCAUGUGGCCCCGCAGGAGGCCAAGAGGGUCCUGGUGCGGCCUGCAGCCCCCAAGAGUUCUCCGGUCUGGGGGAAAGUGGUGUUUGCCACCCAGGACACAUCUCCCUAUGACGUGGCAGUGGUGAAGCUGGAGGAGAACCUCAGGGGCAUCCCAUUUCCUGUCCUGGCCACCCACUUCCAUGAAGGAGAGGACGUGUGUGUGGUCGGCUUUGGGGCCUUUGGCCAGGCCUGUGGUCCCUCAGUGACCUCGGGGAUCCUGUCUGCUGUGGUGGAGGUGAACGACGCGCCCGUGAUGCUGCAGACCACGUGCGCCGUGCACGGGGGGUCCAGCGGGGGCCCUCUCUUCAGCGACUUGGGGGAACUCCUGGGGAUCGUCACCAGCAACACCAGAGACAACAGCACGGGGGCCACCUACCCCCACCUGAACUUCAGCAUCCCCGUCACGGUGCUGGAGCCGGCCCUGGAGCAGUACCGGCAGACCGGGGACCUGCAGCGCUUCGGGGAGCUGGACCGGCCUGGCGAGCAGGUGAGGGUGGUGUGGCGGCUGCAGAGGGUCCCGGCCGAGCCCCCCCGGAGCAAGCUCUGACUCCUCCGCAGGACGCAGCCACCUUGGGACCAAGGCCUGGUGGAAUGGACGCCGACUCCCCGGCACAGACCACCCUAGUCAGCCAGGGAUCCCUCCUUCCUCCGCUUCCCCUCGGGCCGGGGGCUGCUGUCAGCCUUCCUGAUGAGCCCGAGGCCCCUUCCCAGGGACCCGUGGAGAUGACCCUUCUUAGGGCCGGAGGGGCCAGAUGACAAUAAAGGCAGCCCCUGUUUGUCAAGUGCUUUCUUCACAAGCCCACAGUGAGGUGGGGGAGACUGGGGCCCAAAAGAGUAGAGUGGGAGCCGUGUGGUGGCGGGUGAUGGGCCCAGGGGGAUGGUGAGUGAACCCGGGGAGGAGGCAGCUCCGAGGUCCAGCUCCUCCCCAGAGUGACGGGGUGGUGCUCCCAGAAGUGGAGGGCUUGCCCCCGGAGGCUCAGCCCCGGGUCUGGAUCGGCCCUAGGGACGGAGGCAUUUCAUGGCUGCCCCAGACACUUGUAUCCAGUUCUGUUCUAACAGCACAAUUAAAAGAAUUCUUUCCUUCAAACCAA